AAGCAACAAAAGAUGGAAACAAACAAAGCAACACCUAUCAAUCAACUCCUCUCGACACCUCCGCCCACCAUAUCGGUGGCACAUACAACACACUGCAAGAGCAGAACAGAAAUCAACAUGCUCUUCCUCUUGCUAAAUAAAACUGACCAGUAAGUAGUGAGCCUCAAUUCAUCAUGGCAACGACGUCGUAUUUCCAACUCCAUCGGUGCAGUCCAAUCCCCCUCUCUCUUUCCUCUCGUUGCUCUUGUCCCUGCCGCCCCUCGCCCUCCAAAACCCUAGUUCUCACUCGUCACCGCGCAAAAUUGGGUCAUCUGGAUCUCUUGUUCGACGGAAAUAGACGUGCGCUGGGGCUUGGCCAAAAUGGAGCUUUGGCUAGCCGCCGGCUAAUCGCAGUCGCGGCUCGAGCCGAGCCGGAACGGCUUAGCGAGGACAAUGCCCACCAGGAAGUCCACAAAGGCCAUAAAUUGUCAAUGAAUGAGGAUGCGGUCUCAGAGCAUCAACAGAAAGCCAGUCAGUUAAAGAAAAGAAUUUUUUUUGGACUCGGAAUUGGGUUAUCCGUAGGCAUUGUCGUGUUGGCUGGAGGAUGGGUUUUCACAGCAGCUGUGGCAGCUGCUGUCUUUGUUGGCGCACGCGAGUAUUUUGAAUUGGUUAGGAGUCAUGGAAUUACUGCAGGGAUGACACCUCCACCUCGAUAUGUGUCACGAGUUUGCUCUGUUAUUUGUGCUCUCAUGCCCCUAGUUACCUUGUAUCGUGGUCAAAUUGAUGUUUCCGUUACAUCUGCUGCCUUUUUUGUUGCUAUGGCAUUGCUUUUACAGAGAGGAAAUCCUCGCUUUGCACAGCUUAGUAGCACAAUGUUUGGGCUAUUUUACUGUGGAUAUCUUCCUUGUUUCUGGGUUAAGCUUCGAUGUGGCCUAGCAGCACCAGCCCUAAACACUAGUUUUGGAUCAGCAUGGCCCAUCCUUCUUGGUGGACAAGCUCACUGGACUGUUGGUCUUGUGGCAACCUUGAUUUCUUUCAGUAGCAUAAUUGCUGCUGACACUUAUGCUUUUCUGGGUGGCAAGGCAUUUGGUAGGACACCCCUUACUACUGUUAGCCCAAAGAAGACAUGGGAAGGAACUAUUGUAGGGUUGGGCGGUUGUAUAGCCACUUCUGUUGUAUUAUCAAGGAUAUUUUGCUGGCCCAAAUCUUUAUUAAGCGCGAUGGCUUUUGGGUUUCUGAAUUUUUUUGGCUCCGUAUUUGGUGAUCUUACGGAAUCGAUGAUCAAACGUGAUGCGGGUGUAAAGGACUCUGGGUCUCUAAUACCAGGACAUGGAGGAAUACUAGAUAGAGUGGACAGUUACAUGUUCACGGGUGCACUUGCAUACUCCUUUGUCAAAACCUUCUUGCCACUUUAUGGAGUUUGAUAGACAUAUUUGAUCAUUGCGAAGUGAUAUUAGAAAGGAAAUCAUGGUCAUUACCAAGUCAAAAUGAGGCAAAGCUGUUUUGGUUAGCAUGAGCUGCAAGCAUGUUGGAGGGACGAAUUCUCUCGUUUACUCAAUCUGAGAGAGAGAGAGAGAGAGAGAGAGAGAGAGAGAGAGAGAGAGAGAGAGAUUUCUCCGAGUCCUAAUUUAAUCUGAUCUAGAAAGAUGUUCCUCAGUACUUGUAAGGGGCAGAUUUCUCCGAGUCCUAAUUUAAUCUGAUCUAGAAAGAUGUUCCUCAGUACUUGUAAGGGGCUUGAGAUAAUAUUUCCUGACUUCUCCAGGUUCUGAUACCAAAUCCACGUUCAAAGGAAUACUUGUUUUACAAUGUUUGUUGAAUUGCAUGACAUCAGUUGUAGUUCAAUAUUGCUUCCAAAAUCCAGCGGUGGCAUGGUCAUCUCUGAUUUCUACGGUAGAGCUGCUUUGAGCCAUUGACGCUAGUUUUCUCCUCACCUCACCCUUUAUCUGGGAGUCUUAUUUUUUAUUUUUGUAUAUUUAUGUUGGAUGAGUCUCAUUUUCUUCUUAUUUGUUUUACUGUUGUAGUGAAUAAUAACAACUAUUUAAUUGUCAAUAAAGGUUGCAUCAUUCUUUGGGGAAA